AUGGCUAUCGAUGGGAAAGAAAAGCCGCAUGGCUACUAUCUAUACGAGCCCAGCCAUAUUCUGCCGGCGGUCUUUGCUGCCCUCGUGGCCAUCUCUUUGAUUCUCCACACCCUGCAGAACAUCCGCUAUCGAUUCUGGCGCAUCACCUUCUUCAUCUCCUGGGGAGGAAUCAUUUUCACUAUUGGAUGGAUCCUCCGCUGCAUCUCGAGCUACUACCCAGAUCACCUGGGCCUCUACAUCGCCCAGGCAGUGUUCAUAUACCUGGCUCCACCAGUCUACUCCGCCGCCGCAUACAACAUCGUGGGCCGACUGAUGAACUAUCUCCCCAUGCACGCAGUCCUCAACCCGAACCGCGUGCUUGUUUUCUUCGUCUACCUCGGUGCGGCGGUCGAAGGCAUGACUGCAGCCGGAGCAGCCAAAAACGCAGCUGCCGGAGACGAGUUGGAUGAAUAUAAGAAGGGUGGCCAGCUGAUCGCGGCCGGUCUCAUCCUGCAAGCGGUAGUAGAAAUGCUGGUCAUAAUGAUCGUCGCCACUGUGCAUCGUCGAGCCGCGAAGGCCCGCAAAGUGAGCCGCAACGUGCAGAUCGUCUGCUUCAGCCUAUACGGGACAUCGGCAUUUGUCGUCCUCCGCUGUAUCUUCCGUGCCAUCGAAUCUUUCGAGAUGUUCGAUAAACUCGGCUGCACCGAGAAUUGCGGACCCAUUCUCAGCAAUGAGUGGUAUCUCUAUGCGUUCGAGCUGGGCCCCAUGCUCAUAUUUACCUAUUGGCUCAAUCUACUUCAUCCCGGUCGGUAUAUUCCGAGGGAGAAGAAUCGUUAUCUGGGGACCGAUGCUCGAAUUGAGCGGAUCGGACCUGGCUGGAGGGAUCGCCGGGAUCGAUGGGAGACUUUUAUCGAUCCGCUCGAUCUGGAGGGCCUGUUCAAGGGCCAGGCUUCGCAUGAGAAGUACUGGGAAAAUCCGGAGAGGUGGCCUGCUUGCCAGGGCAGCUUUGCCGAGGGGACCGCCUCGAAUGUGAAGAAUCGAGGGUAUAGCAAGGAGGAUGUGCUGCUGGCGAAUGAAGUGUAG